AUGGUCAACACUGGCAAGCCAAGUAGGGGAUGUUAUAUGUGUCGAGCUCGUCGUAUCAAGUGCGACGAAGGAAAGCCAGGAUGCAUGCGGUGUCAAAAGUCGAAGAGAGUAUGCCCUGGUUAUCGAGAUGCCUUCGAGCUCAAGUUGAGAGACGAGAGUAAAGCGACAAAGAAAAAGCUCAAUCGGAGGGCGCAAAAUCACCAGAAUCUCGCUGUCAGCAGUGAUCGCAGUGGAGAUGGAUUUGUUGAGCCCUCACCAUCCUUUCCGACUUCCACCACAAUGGGCACACACUCAAGAAAUUCCUCAAUGUCGAGUGUAGUAUCUCGUGGGCAUGGGUACACGACAGACGUAGCCCACAGACACCAUAGCUUUACUGCUGGGCAUAUGACAACUCCACUCUCUCAGCAGGCCUCCUGCUAUUUCCUAGCCAACUUCGUCCUGGUGCCCGAAGCCGGUACAAUGAGAGGUUACUUGGACUUUGUGAUUCCUCUAUUGAAGCAAAGGACUCCGCCUCAGUCUCUUGUUUUUGCUUUCUCGGCCGUCGCUUUGGCUGCAUUAGGAACUCGACCAAACUCGAAGGCAUUGCUUCCAACAGCCGAUCUAUGGUACCUGAAAGCAUUGAAAGAGAUCAAUCUGGCCCUGCAAAACCCCAAGACAGCAUCAACAGAUUCGACCCUAGCUUCAGUCAUGUUGAUGGCAUCCUUCGAACAAUUGACGCCAUCUCGAAUGAAAGUGGGAGGUUGGAGCUCUCAUAUUGACGGAGCUGUUGCCGUUAUGAAGUCUCGUACAAUGGAGCAGUGGAGGACACCAGUUGGCAAGGAGCUUUUCAUUGCAGUAAGGGCUCAUAUGACUGUACAUUGUAUCGCCAACUCGAAACCGAUCAACCCUGGAGUCGAUUGGAUGGGUGUCAUUGCAGACGACCCAAUCGUUCAAACUUUUGCAGCAGCAAACCUCAAAAUGGCCCAGCUCCGUGCCGACAACGAUGCAACAACUACCAUCAGGUUCAGAUCUGCGGAGAACAUUGAAAAAGUCUUGAAGUUGCUUCAACGAGCCGAAGCAUUAGACAAGCAGUAUAUUGAUUGGAUCCAGUCACUACCUCCAGCGUGGCAGAUCAACACUGUAGCGUUCAUCGAUGGUGAAGUUCCCGAUCUGCCCAAUUCCGUCAUUCACCCAGGUCGAGUUGAUGCAUAUGGAGAGAUGUGGAUGGCCUACAAAUACAACAUUGUGAGAGGAUGCCGGCUUUUCAUCUACACAACGAUUCUGCGCUGUGUGGCUUGGUUAGGUGACAAUAGUGAUUACAGACUCACACCAGAAUACGCAACUGCCACCCAGAUCUGCCGGGGACUCAUUGAGGAUAUCGUAGCGAGUGUUCCAUACUUCUUCGGUUGGAACCGUGGCAAGAACCCCUCAAUGGCUGAUCGAUCGAAUUUUGCAUGUGGCGAGCACGAUCCCACCAGAGUGAAGCCUCUUGCUGGUAUCUUCUCCAUGUGGCCAAUUUUUGCAGCUGCUAGUUCCGAUUUUGCGUCGCCUUCGCAGCGGAUAUUCCUUCGGGGGAGAUUGAAGCACAUUGCGGAUAUGAUGGGGAUCAAUCAAGCUCUCAUCAUGUUCCAGGCGCAACUAGUUCAUCCGUCUCUCUAUAUUGCUCGCGAACGCAUGUCAUGGGACAUUCAUCCUUGCCAGAAAGAAGACGCAAAAUCCCCCGUUGUUGGUGGAGCUUCGGUCGCGGCGACCACAUCACAACAAUCACCAACAGUUCCCUUGCCUCCAGCAGCUGCUCCAACAGCUCAGAUAAGUCCAACAUCAGAAACUCAGCUAUGGAGGCAAGCGGCCUUCAAUCUCCCACAGCCAGCCCCAGUGCCACAGACUCAGACUUGGGUGCCAUCGCCUCCCUCGGAACUACUCUGGAGUCCCCCACCUCCAGCAGCUCAUUUAGCUCCCGCUGUAUCAGCAGCACAAGAUCGAACCUGGAGCACAUCGCCUCCUCUGGAUCAGUCGUGGAAAAUGGCUCCUGAGAGCGCGGUUUCCACAUCGGGUUGGAUUCCACGCACAUUUACCGAGCCUUUCCACCUCCAAGACUCACGGUCUGCCAGGCGAGGCCCUACCUUCAGUUUUCAGAGUCCCCCGGAAUAUGAGAGGGACCACCAUACUUUUGAGCAUGCCGGCUUUGGAGCCGUUUCUAGCGUUUGA